GUGCCCGCCAGCAAGUGAUUGGGUAAAUCAGACACCGACCAGCCAGCGCCGUGCCUGCCCUUUCGUAUGUAGCCUUGGAGAAUAUUCCUUUUAUCGUUAUCAUGUCGCCCAGAGACCGCGAAAAGGCACGGCGCCAGGACAGACGGCGGCGAUCGCGCAGCCCAGCGGCAACCGGGGAUGGUACCAGACGGCGGCGUUACGUGAGCGAUCACAGCUCGCCCACUCGCAAGCGUGAGGAUGCAGCACGGCCUGGCAGGGGUCCACGCAGGCCAGACAACGAAAAAGGCAAGUCGCCGCCCCCUGGCUCGGACAAGGCGCCAGAGAUUAAGCCGGAUUUCGGGCUCUCAGGCAAGCUGGCGGCAGAAACCAACACGGUGAACGGCGUGGUGCUCAAGUACGCCGAGCCGGCGGAGGCCAGGAAGCCCAAGGACCGCUGGCGUCUGUAUGUGUUCAAGGACGAGAAGGAGGUCGAGCUGCACCAUGUCGACACGGCCAGUGCAUAUCUGUUUGGCCGAGACCGCAAGGUGGCGGAUAUUCCGACCGACCAUCCAUCGUGUUCGGGCCAGCAUGCAGUGCUACAGUUUCGCCAGACCAGCUCACGCGCUAUCAGGCCAUACGUUAUCGAUUUGGCGUCAACCAACGGGACGGUUUUGAAUGGCGACCGGAUCCCCGCCCAGCGAUACGUCGAGCUGCGCACCAAGGACGUGAUCAGGUUUGCGUUCAGCACCCGCGAAUACGUGCUGCUGAGCGAGUAGGCUGUCCUAGCUGACUCACCACCCAGGCCGCGCCGGCUUCUUGCUGCCUCCAUGUGACGGGAAAAAGGCUUCAGGCGUGUGUGCGGUGAAUCCACGAUAUCCCCUUGGUCGAGCCUAGCAGAUCCAGGUGUAGCUUUCUUGAGCAUCUCCCCAAUGCAUUUCCAAGCGAAUCUUCCCCUGAUGUCUCAGCCCAUGUGCUCUAGGAAAAAAAGGGUGGUCCGGAUUCUGGUUGGGUGAAUCAAAAGUGGACUGACCAGGCUUGCCUUUUUUGG